GCCCUGACGACGAGGCUUUGUUGCUACGUCACUACCGGCAGGAGGCGCUCCGGAGCCUCGCUUUGCUCUCUUUUCGCUCACAUUCUUGCCUCCCGCGUCGUUGUACGAAGAAGGAAAAAAGCGGUCGGACUCUGAGCCGGAAGUCGCCACGGCCGCGUUCGUCCCCGCGUCUCAUGGUAGCGUCACACGCUCGCUCGCUCCGUCAGUGCGUGUGAGGAGCAUGUCCGUGUCCGUGAUCAUCAAGUGGGGCGGCCACGAGUACGCCAUCACGUCCCUGUGCGAGGAGGACACCGUCAUGGACCUCAAACAGUCUAUCAAGACCCUGACCGGCGUGUUGCCCGAGAGACAGAAGCUGCUGGGACUCAAGGUCAAAGGAAAGGCGGCGGAGGACCAAGUCAAGCUGGGCUCGCUCAAGCUGAAGCCCAACACCAAGAUCAUGAUGAUGGGCACCAGGGAGGAGGGCCUGGAGGAGGUUUUAGCCCCCCCUCCCGAGAACGACGACGUGGUCAACGACUUUGACAUCGAGGAGGAGGUCGUCGAAGUGGAGAACAGGGAGGAGAACCUGGCGAAGAUCGCUCGGCGCGUCAAGGACUACAAAGUGGAGGAGAUGAACUCCCCCAGGGAAGGAAAAAGACUUCUGGUCCUGGACGUGGACUACACUUUGUUUGACCACAAGUCGUGCGCGGAAACCGGUCAGGAGCUGAUGAGGCCGUACCUGCACGAGUUCCUGGCGUCGGCGUACGAGGAUUACGACAUCGUCAUCUGGUCUGCCACCAGCAUGAAGUGGAUCGACGCCAAAAUGAAGGAGCUGGGCGUGAUCGACAACCCCAACUACAAGAUCAUGUUCAUGCUGGACAGCGCCGCCAUGAUCACCGUGCACACGCCCAAAAGGGGCGUCGUCGAGGUGAAGCCGCUGGGCGUGAUCUGGGGCAAGUACGAGCGCUUCUACAGCAGGAAGAACACCAUCAUGUUCGACGACAUUGGGCGCAACUUCCUGAUGAACCCGCAGAACGGACUCAAGAUCCGACCCUUCACGAAGGCCCACGUGAACCGCGAGAAGGACCGCGAGCUCCAGAAGCUGAGCGAGUACCUGAAGGAGAUCGCAGCCCUCGACGACUUCACCGCGCUCAACCACAAACACUGGGAGAAGUACCUGUCCAAGAGACAGCAACACUGACCACAAAGUACGCGAGACCACGACGGCACACCGGAAGAACGUAGAUCCCGCAGACGAGCUCCGCCCACUCCACGCCGACGACCGCCACCGUGGGCGUGCACGUCGCCAGUCUCCGCUCGCCACGCCGGUGCUUCCUGCCACAACACCCGAAGAAAAACAGCAACCGCAGUGUAGCAACAUCAACACAAAAAAAAUGAAAAGUGUUUGUGCGGCGACACAAGAACAGAAAAAAAAACGACGUCAUGUAGCCAACACGAUCGCGCGGCGUAAAAUUCUGAAUUGCAAAAGGUGAAAAACAUCUUUAGAGAAGAUGAAAAUAUAGCAGCGUGCAUGUCGUCAUGGAAACAGCUGGAGGAGUGUUUGUGCGUCUGGAAAUGGUUAGCAGAGCGAUUGUUGUUGUUGUUGUUUGGGUGAGGAGACGGCAUUUUCAAACAUUUGGCAUGUGCAAGUCUGACCCGAGUUAAUAAAAACAUUUUUUUUUGUACCCAAACUCUGCCUGCUUAAU